CGUGACCCGCGCACGUCCUUGGCAGGCGCAGGGGCAGCUGGGAAGAUGGCGGCCUGGGUACCUUGUCGGAGGUGGGGCUGGGAGGCGGUGUCCUUGGGCCGGCACCGAGGCCUGAGCGCGUCGCCUGCUCGGAAGCCCCCGCGGGCAUGGUGGCCCCCAGCUUGCAGACAAAAGGUAUCACUCUCUUUCCUUAACCGACCAGACCUUCCAAACCUGGCUUAUAAGAGGCUAAAAGGCAAAAACCCAGGAAUUAUCUUCAUCCCUGGCUUUCUUUCUGAUAUGAAUGGUAAAAAGGCACUGGCAAUUGAGGAAUUUUGCAAAUCUCUAGGUCACGCCUAUAUAAGGUUUGACUACUCAGGAAUUGGAAGUUCAGAUGGUAACUUAGCAGAAUGCACAGUGGGGAAAUGGAGAAAGGAUGUACUUUCUAUACUUGAUGAUGUAGCUGAAGGACCACAGAUUCUGGUUGGAUCUAGCCUUGGAGGAUGGCUCAUGCUGCAUGCUGCAGUUGCACGGCCUGAAAAGGUGGUCGCGCUGAUUGGUAUAGCUACUGCUGCAGAUGGCUUGGUGACACAGUUCCGUGCACUUUCUGUUGAGGCGAAAAAGGAGAUAGAAGCAAAAGGGGAGUGGUCCUUACCAUCUAAAUACAGCAAAGACGGAUUUUACCACAUUCCAUACAGUUUCAUUAAAGAAGCGGAACACCACUGCUUGUUACAUAGCCCCAUCCCUGUGACCUGCCCUGUGCGCUUGCUCCAUGGCAUGAAGGACGACAUAGUUCCUUGGCACACAUCUCUGCAAGUGGCUGACCGAGUAGUCAGCCCAGAUGUAGAUGUCAUCCUCCGGAAACACGGUGACCAUAGAAUGAAGGAAAAAGCAGAUAUCCAUUUGCUUGUUUGCACUAUUGAUGACUUGAUUGACAAGCUCUCAACUACAGUUAACUAGAAUCACAUUUGUGAUUGGUAUGCACUCUAAUGCAUCCAGAAGAUUGAAAGAAUGGUAGUAAAUCAAAGACCCAGACACAUUAGGGUUCCCUCUUACUUUUCCUUUGUAAAUACCGCUAAGUAUUUAUUUAAUGAUGUCUUUGCACAAAUACACAAAUUGUGACAAAAGUAUUAGCUGCUGUUUGGAAAAUUUUGUCCUUCCUUUUAUCUUUGAUAUUUUUCCCAUUAAAAUAGUACCUAUUUUUUUAUUCAA